CGACGCUUGCGCGGAGCGGCGCUGCGGAGACCGUUGGCUCAUUUGCAUGUCCCCGCCUCGCGCGGCGGCGGCGGCGGCGCAAAGAAUCAUGGCAGCAAGGCGCAUUGCACAGGAGACUUUUGAUGCUGUGUUACAAGAAAAAGCUAAACGAUACCAUGUGGACCCCAGUGGUGAGGCUGUAGGUGAAGCUCUUCAGUUUAAAGCACAAGAUCUCUUAAGGGCAGUCCCAAGAUCCAGAGCAGACAUGUAUGAUGACGUUCACAGUGAUAGCAGAUACUCCCUCAGCGGAUCUGUAGCUCACUCUCGAGACACUGGGAGAGAAGGCUUGAGAGGUGAUUUAUUUCCAGGACCUUCAUAUAGAUCAAGCAACCUUUCCAUCAGUGAUGACAACUACUUUCGCAAAGAAUGUGGUCGAGACCUGGAAUUUUCUCACCCUGACUCCAGGGACCAGGUCAUUGGCCUCCGGAAAUUGGGACAUUUUCGUUCUCAGGACUGGAAAUUUGCACUCCGUGGCUCUUGGGAACAAGACUUUGGCCAUUCAGUUUCUCAAGAGUCAUCUUGGUCACAGGAGUAUAGUUUUGGUCCCUCUGCAGUAUUGGGGGACCUUGGCUCCUCCAGACUGAUUGAGAAAGAAUGUUUGGAGAAGGAGAGUCGGGAUUACGAUGUGGACCAUCCGGGGGAGGCUGACUCUGUGCUUAGGAGUAGUGGUCAAGUCCAGGCCAGAAGCCGAGCUGUAAACAUCGUUGACCAGGAGGGUGCCCUCCUAGGAAAAGGGGAGACUCAGGGCCUGCUCACAGCUAAGGGGGGUGUCGGGAAACUUGUCACACUGAGAAAUGUGAGCACGAAAAAAGUACCUGCUAUAACUCGUAUUGCCCCCAAAACUCAGGGCACUAACCAAAUCCAGAAAACUACUCCAAGUCCUGAUGUAACCCUGGUGACAAACCCAGGAACAGAAGACAUCCAGUUCCCCAUUCCCAAGAUCCCUUUGGGGCUGGAUCUGAAGAAUGUUCGACUCCCUAGAAGAAAGAUGAGCUUUGACAUCAUAGAUAAGUCUGAUGUCUUUUCAAGAUUUGGAAUAGAAAUAAUCAAAUGGGCAGGAUUCCAUACCAUAAAAGAUGAUGUUAAGUUUUCCCAACUUUUCCAGACACUCUUUGAACUGGAAACUGAAACCUGUGCUAAAAUGCUUGCCUCAUUCAAAUGUUCCUUAAAACCAGAGCACAGAGAUUUUUGCUUUUUUACUAUCAAAUUUUUAAAGCACUCUGCUUUGAAAACACCCAGAGUGGAUAAUGAGUUUUUAAACAUGCUUUUAGACAAAGGUGCUGUGAAGACCAAAAAUUGCUUUUUUGAAAUCAUAAAGCCCUUUGACAAGUACAUAAUGAGACUUCAAGACCGGCUUCUGAAGAGUGUCACUCCUCUGCUUAUGGCCUGCAAUGCCUAUGAGCUGAGUGUCAAGAUGAAAACCCUCACUAACCCCCUGGACUUGGCUAUUGCCCUGGAGACCACCAAUUCUCUCUGCCGGAAGUCUUUGGCCCUUUUGGGACAGACGUUCUCCUUGGCUUCUUCCUUCCGACAAGAGAAAAUCUUAGAAGCCAUUGGCCUUCAAGAUAUAGCUCCCUCUCCAGCUGCUUUUCCAAACUUUGAGGACUCUACUUUGUUUGGGAGAGAAUAUAUAGACCACCUGAAGGCCUGGCUGGUCAGCAGUGGGUGUCCUCUCCAGGUCAAGAAAGCUGAGCUGGAGCCAACACGAGAAGAGGAGAAAACAGUUCCUCCUGUAAAACCCGAAAUUCAGGCCAAGGCUUCGAGUGGUCUGAGUGAUGCAGUCCCCCAGCGAGCAGAUCACAAAGUGGUGAACACCAUUGACCAGCUUGUUACUCGAGUCAUCGAAGGCAACCUGUCUCCCAAAGAGAGAGCUCUUCUCAAGGAAGACCCUGUUUACUGGUUUUUGUCUGAUGAAAAUAGUCUGGAGUAUAAAUAUUACAAGCUGAAGUUGGCAGAAAUGCAGCGGAUGAGCCAGACCUUGCAAGGACCCGACCUGAAGCCAACCUCGGCAGAUUGUGCUGUGCGGGCCAUGCUGUAUGCCCGGGCAGUCUGCAAACUCAAGAAGAGACUGCUUCCAUGGCAGCGGCGGGGGCUCCUCCGAGCUCCAGGGGUCCGGGGCUGGAAGGCAAGGAGGGCAACCACUGGGACCCAGACCCUCUUGUCCUCAGGCACCAGGCUGAAGCACCACAGCCGGCAAGCUCCAGGCCCCUCGCAGGCAAAGCCAUCCCGGCCAGACAGAAGUGAUGCUGCCAAGGACUGCCUGCCAGACCCAACUGGGGACCCCAGCUCAGAAGCCUCAGGCCUAUCUCCCAAGCCAGCAGGAAUUGAUGUCUUUGAAGCCCCUCAUGCCUCCUCUCCCUGCCUGUCUGCUGAUGUUGACAUGAAGACAAUGGAGACUGCAGAGAAACUGGCCAGAUUUGUUGCCCAGGUAGGACCAGAGAUUGAGCAAUUCAGCAUAGAAAACAGCACUGAUAACCCUGAUCUAUGGUUUCUACAUGACCAAAAUAGUUCCGCUUUCAAGUUCUAUCGGAAGAAAGUGUUUGAACUGUGCCCGUCGAUUUGUUUCACAUCAUCUCCACUCACCCUCCAUGCUGGCUGUGAAAGUGUGGAUUCUCAGGAGAGUCCCUCAGACCACGUGGAAAGGGAGGGAGAGCUUGAGGAUGAGCCCCCUCAACAGGAGGCUGAGCCGGAAAGCCCAGAGGUGAUGCCUGAGGAGGAGGACGAGGAGGACGAAGAGGAUGAGGAAGGGGGCGAGGAGGCCCCUGUUCACAGAGGGGCCCGCAAAUCUGAAGGCUCUGAGGGCAGCUCCCCUGCUGAUGGCCUCCCCAGUGAGGCUGCCGAGGAUGACCCAGCAGGAGCCCCUGCCCUGUCACAGGCCUCCUCAGGCACCUGCUUCCCCCGGAAAAGGAUCAGCAGCAAGUCCUUGAAAGUUGGCAUGAUUCCAGCUCCCAAGAGAGUGUGUCUCAUCCAGGAGCCAAAAGUCCAUGAGCCAGUUCGAAUCGCCUAUGACAGACCUCGGGGUCGUCCCAUGUCCAAAAAGAAGAAACCCAAGGACUUGGACUUCACCCAGCAGAAGCUUACCGACAAGAACCUGGGCUUCCAGAUGCUGCAGAAGAUGGGCUGGAAGGAAGGCCACGGCCUGGGCUCCCUCGGGAAGGGCAUCCGGGAGCCCAUCAGUGUGGGUACCGCCUCAGAAGGGGAAGGGCUAGGUGCCGAUGGGCAGGAGCACAAGGAAGACACCUUCGACGUGUUCCGACAGAGGAUGAUGCAGAUGUACAGACACAAACGGGCCAGCAAAUAGAUCAAAACCACUGAUGAGAAAGCUAAACCUUGAAGCAGCAAUUACCCUUAAAACAUCAUCCCUGCCCUGGACCUGCCCGGAGCCAGUGCCCACGUACGGUUUGGUGUGUACAUGCAAACAAGCGUCUCUGCAGUCUCUGGGGCGGAGGUUUCACUAGCUUUUCUUUCUCUAAAAAAGAAUGCACCAUUUCCCAUGUGCUUUUGCCUUUCCGGUCUCUUCCACCUGCUUGUGGCAGCAAGUUCCUUUCAAGUCUGUCCUGGUUCCUCUUCAGAAGGUGCGCUGCCCCUGAGGGCUCCUCGGCCUGUAGGUGCUGAGGGCAAGCGCUCUGGCUGGUGUUCCAGUCCAAGGGGCCAUUGCUCUCCAGUGGUGUUCUGUUAGUGAUGCAGAAGUAAGUGCAGGGGGUGUUUCCCACUGUUCUCCAGAGUCUGUACUGAGAAGAUAAAUCAGUAAUUGCCACGUCUGCACUUUGGGCCCAGAGCUCUGAAGCUCUCUAAACGUUUGAGACACUUGAUUUGAUGAACAUGUCAGUAAUGGCAUCUCAUCUCCUAAAUUCAUCCUGAGAGGCUGACGACAUGUUAGCAGCAGUGUAGUGUAGCUCUGCUUGGUGGGGAGUAAGGUUAAAUCCACAAAACUGCAGAAAUGUAUUGGUCUCUUCAGCAUCCACAAUGUAAGCAAACUGCAGUUUGGUUCUUUUUAAAACCACAUACGGUGCCUUCCCGACAAAGGGGCAGGCUUGUAAGCCCAGUAAAAUGCUCCAUGUGUGGCACGUGUGGCCAUGGGAGGCGCUGUCUUACAGCCUUUGGGGGAAGUGCAUGCUUCUCAUGGGCUCUGGCUGCAGCUGUUUGCUGUCUUGGGAUAUGUGGCCGCCACCCUUCUAGACCCCCGUGCUCCACUGCUUGCAGCCACACUCGAGAGUCUCAGCUCUUCUUCAUGAAGCAGUGGGGCUGAGGUUGUACGGAUGUGCUGAUAUCUGGGAACCUCCCAGUCCUGCCUGCACUCCAGGAUGGGACCAUAGCGAUGGUUUAGGUGUAAGCCACAGAGCAGAGGGGAAGUGCCGCUGUGAUGGCUGUCAAGAAUUCCUUGCUUUCUUUAAGCUGCAGACCUCCCAGGCUGUGGUCCCAGCUCUUGGGGUUCCACCUGGUCUGUCUGAGCCCCUGUCACCAGCGGUACCACAGCCCUGGGGCUCUGCCUGCUUCCUGUCACUUCUGUUGCUUUGGCAGCAGGUAUAUCUUUAUGGAGGUGGCGGCACUGAGGACAGACCUCGGGUUGCAAACUGACUCUCAUAUGAGUUAGCCUAUUGGGGGCCGGGGUGCCGCUGGUUUAGCGAGAACCACAUGUCCGGGGGUUCAUCUUCUUUCCUUGCUGACCCUUCCAACAGUCUCCAUGUUGCCCAAAAGGUCAGGUGAAUGGACGGUGCUCUGAGAACAGGGCUCACCCCAUUGGCCCCGAGUGAGGCACAUACCUCAGCACAGAUGGAGCUCCUUCUCUCCAGCAUUCUCUGACCACUGGGCGUGUGUGGGCCCAGCGUGUUCGUUGUUGACUCUCCACUUUCGUCUGUGAACAAGUUCAGUGCUCUAGGAACUCCCAGCGUGUGGCCGCCCUGCAGCCUCCUGCCACUCCUGGCGACAGCCCGGUUUGAGCGGAGAUGGUUUCUGGGAGGCCUUGGCAGGCAUCAAAGGGAGCACCUACUUCUGAGCCUAGAAAGUCCCCUAAACACUCAGAGGACGCCUUUGCGGUGGAUUCCACGUCGGGGCGGUGAAGGUGUUCCCGGGAGCUUGGGGGCGUGGGGCCGUGGACAAGAUGCUGCCUCUGGCCCUGUGUGCCCGCCCUCCACCAGGGCUGCCCUUGCUCUCCGCAAAGGCUGCUCUGUAGGGCGUUGCGUCAAGUGUGAUGUGUAGUGGCACAGCCGUGUCAGAGUCACAGUGUCUUUUCUGUCAUUCUAGUUCCAGGGUCCCUCCAGAGAGGACGACAGGCAUCCGGAAAGUGCUAACUGACCACUCUGGGUGCUUACUGUCUCUGGCUUGUUUCCGUCACUGGAAAUCACUUAGAGAAUGUUAGUGUUUUGGGUUCUUGGUAAAGCCUAGAAGACAUUUGUGAUGUUACAAAAUGGAAGUUUUGUUUUCUAAAUCUAAGAACUUGUGAAUGUUGUUAAUCACUUAGCAGUUGCAAUAAAUGUAGAGGAAACCCAA